AUGUCGCGGCCGCACCUAUCCUAUACAGCCAUGUAUAACCUCAAAGGAAGCGCAGUAUGGAUUACGUGGGGGUUCACUUUCCUCAACAUCCGGCUGGCUUGGGCCUGCCUGUCGUUUCUGUUCAAGUUUCGCGACACGCAGCUCUACACCCUGUUAUGCAUAUCUCAGCGCAUGCGCUUGUUCGCAUGGAACCUCAUCAGCAACUUGGUGUUUCCGCCCGGGCCCAUGGAGGUUAUCUACGCGGUGGCUUCACUGCUGUGUCUUCUAGUCCUGUGCUCCACAUGCUCGGACCCGUCCCUGGCGGGUAGGUUGCCUUGGAUCUUGAUCCGGGAGGCCGCCAGCAAUGCCGUACUAUUGGCAUUGGAGGUGUGGCGUUGGCGCUGCCGUCGCCGCGAGGUUUUGGCUUCAAUCGCCCUCAGCGGUGACCGCGGCUGCCGCGACGCAGCGGUGGCAGCUGCGGCGGGUGCGCGGGGCGGCGGGCGGAAGGGGUGCUCGGAAUCGUGCGAAGAGUUGGCGGCGGCGGCGGCGGUGUCAAGAGAGGAGCUUGGCGUCAACAUCCACAGCAGACGCCUUUCGUCGUCGCCACCGCCGCCGCCGCCGCUGGCACUGACGUACGCGACGAUGGAUACGGAGAAACGGCAGCAAGAACGAGCUCCGUCACCAGGGCGGCCGUCGCCGCCGCUGCAGCGGAAAACGCACGACCAGGAAAAGCAUCUACGUGACAACCAGGAUCAUCGUCAGGGGUGGGAGAAGCAGCGAGCAGCACCUGAUGGCGGCGCUAUUGCGUCUAUGGCUGCUGCAGUCAAUGACGCCGAUCUGAUAGCGUCGUCGACUAAAGCCGCCGCCACAGCUACGCGGAGUGCGGCGGCUGCCGUCGGCAGGUAUGGCAGUCGUUUUGGCAUCCGGUUUGGCGUGCCGAGAACAGUACUGCAGGUCGCCAGGAGUAUCGUGGGGAUCUUCGGCGGCGGCGGCGGCGGCGGCGGCGGCGGUGGCAUGUCCACGUCUGUGCCCAUACCCCCCCCGAGGUCUUCCUCUAAGGCCCCCUCCGGCGGCGCGGCGAGCCCCUGGGGCGACGGCGACGGGAACAGCGGCGUCCCCAUUGUGUUGCCGCUGGUACCCGUGCGAGGUGCAGUACAGCUCCGUACCCGUGGGCCCUUCGUGACCGUACCCGUCUCUGUCGCCGCCGCCGCCGCAGCCGCUGGGGAUGGGUCAUUGGGAUCUGGCGUUUCGGUUGGUCCACGUAAUGUCGAGCAGCUCCUUCGCAGAGUAUUGUUACCCACUACCCUGCCGGCGACGGCCCCGGCGGCGACGGCGACGGCAGAAAGCGCGGCGGCGUCAGCGCCGCUGGCCGCGGCAUCCCAGCCGCCGCGUUACGUUGCCCGAACGCGGUUGUCUUCCACGCGAGUCAAGAUUCACGGCGUCCAGCCUGAGUUGAUAGCUGCCGGCUACCAGGAGCGCAUUGCGGCGGUGGUGACGGCGGCGGGGCAGCAGCUGGAGGGCGUGUAUGUACGACGGGGUUGCGUCGAGCUCGUCAUCGAUGUACGGCGGCUGAGGAACCGAAAUGGGUCGGGGCGAGUAGCGGCGUCCUUUGCUGCUGCUACGGCGGCGACGGCGGCGACGGCGGCGACGGGAGUUGAGGAUCCUUGGGCUGCCGCCAACCGCCAACCGCCAACCGCUGUUGACGCGGAGGGCCAGGAUUUAAGACCAGGUGGCGGCGGCAGCGGCGGCUCUUUGGAUCUGUUAGCUGACGAUGCAGUUUCUGAGGAGCACUUUUACGGCGGCGGCAGCAGCAGCGGCGGCGGUGGCUGCGGCGGCGGCGGUGGCGGCCCUAUUGUGGUACAGUGCGUUGACGUCAUGGAGCUAGUUCGGGCGCUCGAACUACAUAACGAGGAUGUACUGCUGUACGGCAAGCACACCGGUGAACUCUUGCAUAAUACAGGGGCCUGUAGUGGUGGUGGCCUCAGCCGCCUAGGAGGACUUGAACUCGGCGAUGACGCUAGUAAUGCUGUCGGAGGCGGCGGCGGUGUCAGACCAACAGCUGCGGCAGGCUGGCGGCGGCGCGAGGCCAUAGACGACGGAGCGACUGCCGGCGUCCAUCACCUGUAUAGCGGCGUCGUCGGCGCAGAUGUCCACGUCGACGCCGAUAGUCGCACUUGGAGGGCUGUUCACGGGCCGCCGCCGGAGGUAGCGGGGGCGGAUGCGACGGCGGCCCCAUGCGUCCUCUCCGUACAGGUCUUGGCGUUCACGUCGCUGGCAUCCGCCUCUGGCGCCGCCGCCACAACCACGGCCGCUGUCGUCCCCGCCAUGGCCGGUCCCCCGCGUAGCUCCUCCAGCUUCCGCGAGUCUUCAAUCUCGCCAUCAGCCGGGUACAUGCCCUCAUCGCCAUCCCCAUCCGUUCCCAGGGGACCAGCAGACGUGCUGCCGUACAGCGUUGCCGCAGCCGUCGCCGCUGCGACAGGCACGGCGCAUGCGGGUCUUGAGCUUUCGGCGCUCGUCUGGUCGCCUGCUAAGCAACCUCUGGAGCUUUCCGUCCGGGGUAUGGACCGUUACCUUCCUGUGACCCAUGGGUCUGUUAGUUGGAUCUGCCAACGACCGGUGGUGGCGGCGGCGGCGGCAGCCGAUGGCGGCGACGCCGCUGCCUAUGCCAACCCGGGCGUCGCCGCCGCCGGUUGGCUGGCGGCAGUCCGCAUACGUGUAUCAGAGCUCCCGCCGGCGCCGGCGCUGCUGUUGGUCGGGGCGCGGGAUGGUGGCUUUGACGGCGGCGGCGACGACGGUGGCGGCGGCGGGAGUCCGGUGCAGGGCCUUGCGCCCCUGCUAUUGCUGGACGACGAGGACCUGUGCGGGGAGUUAGAGCGCGGCUUGCUAGAAUGGUUUGGUGCGACAGAGCUAGGAGGCAGCGGUGGCGGCAGCGCCGACCCCGACGCGCUGAUGGUGUGGGAGCUCCUUUCGGAUCUGGGCUACUUUUUGCAAAACGCCGCCGCCACCGCCGCCGCCGCUGCUGACGUGGUGGCGGCCAGUGGCGGUGGCGGCGACGACGGAUCCGCCCCUGGGUUCCCCUCGCUGACCCGCAGCAGCCCACUCGUGCUUCUGGACCUUGGCGCCCACCUGGUGCAGUGCCUCUUCAAGGAGCUGGACGAGCCGCUGUACCAGUCGUACCUGCGGGAGUGUAUCCACUCCCAGAUGCAAUUCACCGAUCUGCUCGUCCUGGCGUGUGUGGCGGGCCUCUUGCUGCGGUCCUGGCAGCGGGAGCCGCACCCGUGGCUCAACCCGGACCACAGGCGCCACCACCGGGUCCCUGCCGUUGCCUUCCUGGUCCAUCACAUGGCCUCGCUGGUGAUGGUGGCCGCCCACAUAGCGCACCUGGCCGCGUACUGGCUGGUAUCCGGACCCCUGCGGGGGCGUGUGGGCCAGGCGCUGCAGCUGCCGAAGGUGGCGGGCUAUAUCUUGGCUAACGUGCUGGUGGGCUUCUGCGGGUUCGCCGUACCUGCGGAUAUGCGGUCGUACCAUGCCUCGAAGGCGGUCUGGAUUGGCGAUGCUCUGCUGUUGGGUUCGUCCGUUUUGGUCCUCUGUAACCGGGAUAACGGUGGCCAGGACCGCGGCCGCGGCGGCGCGCAGCUGCACUCGAGCGCGACUGAGGAAGCCGACCAGCUCCGGACCAACCACCGGGAAGAGCAUUGGUUUUUAAACUUCCGUUGUUUUGACUAUUACUACCAGGAGCGGUCCCUGAUUUUGUCUCUGCUGGCCUCGGCAGUACAAGACCCCGUUUGGGGCCAGGCGCCGUCCAGGCGCAUGUUCCUCCUGUCGUACAACGACGACGCACACGCCAAACGCAUCAUACAAAGCCUACGCGCCCGCCAGGCGCAUAUCAUUUCGUACAUCUCCGAUCAAAACUUUCUCGUGGCUGCAAGACCAGAUGAGGCCCUUCAGAUUGCGUUCGAGCAUGAAGCGGAGUUGGCCGAAUUGGAUCCUAGACUAAAGCUGUCGUCGGAGUGGCGGCCGCUUACGGUGUCAGCUGGCAGCACUAGCGACAGCGGCAAUAAUGACACUGCUGAUUAUCCGCUGCCAACGGAUUCGGAGCUGGACCUGGCCAUGCUGCUGAACACCUUGACGGUGUUCGGCCCGGAUCAAAGCUCCGAUCCAAAUUCAAAUUCGAAUCUGCCGCGCUAUGGAGUCCUCGCUGAGCUCCAGCCGGGUAUCACAGUAGAUGCGCUAGGGGAGGUGGAGCGGGAGUGGCCCGACCUGCUGGCGGCGGCAGUGGCGGCGCCUGGGGGCGGGCGUCACGGCGAGAAUAGCAGGCGAUGCCAGCCGAUUGUAGUCGCGCCUACCGCGAGCACUACUGCUGUCGGUUCUGUGGUGCGGCUAUCGAUAUACCUGUGCAUGAAGGACCUGGCUGCCGGCCUGGGGUGGUUGGCGGAGCGCCCGGAGGUCAUGUGGUUGAGUCCCGUGAGGAAGGCUCGAGGCGAUAACAUCCUCUCCAGUUUCCUGCUGCAAACUGGUAGGUGGGUGCGGAGAGGCUCGGCGCCGGUGUUGGACUGUGACCUCCCACAGCAGUACGUCAGCAGUACCAUGCGGGACAACCCGAGUGAGAUGUACAUGCCGUACUGGAAUGCUAAUCUACAAGGACAGGACGAGAUUGUCGGGGUGGGCGACUCGGGCAUCGACAUGGAGAGCUGCUACUUCAGUGACCCGCUUUAUGCAGGGAAUUAUACGGCGAUGCUUAAAAACGAAGCCAGUCUUCCGAGGCGACAGGGCUUGCCGUACGCAGAGCUUAAAGGUCACCGGAAGGUCGUACAGUACGCCAUUAUGAAAAGAGGGUGUGAUCUAGAGAGGAGUCGAGGGGAGUGGCGGGGGAAAAGCAUUGGGUUGGGGCGGAAGGUCUUCGCGUCUCGCCUUUGGAGUCGGCACGUGCACACAGAAGGCCUCCGGGUGUCGCGCUCCCGGGGCGGUUCGGGUGACGGGCUCGACCGGAACGGGCACGGAACGUCCACGAGCGGUUGUUUGGCGGGCGCCGUAUUGGUAGGCGACGGUAUGAAGAUUGAGACAUCUGUGGAUCAGGCCACUGGCGCGGCACCGAAGGCGAGGAUCAGCUUCAUCGACUUGUCGAACGAUACUCGGGAUGUGAUGCACCUCCCAGAUGACCUGUACUCGGGCUAUUUUGAGGUACACAGAAGUGUGGGAGUCCACAUCCACAGCAACUCCUGGGGGGUGCCAGCCAUGAAAGACGCCACGUACCAGUCCACCUCUGAAGGUCUGGCUCAGGUCCCCACAGCCCUCCCCGCGCUAGACAGGUUCCUCUGGUCCAACCCCGAAUCCAUUGCCAUAUUCUCGGCAUCGAAUGACGGUGCAAAGGUUGUCGGCCGGGCGUCCGUGAGCGAGCCCGCGCUCGCCAAGAAUGCUGUAGCGGUCGGGGCGAGUGCGAACCUCGUGGGUACCAAGUUCUACAUGUACAGGUUGCGAAUGCAGUGGCGGAACGGCAAAGUGGACGAGAUGAUGCUCUACCCCAACGAGAAUCGCAAGCUACCGCUUCUGAGUGAUCUCAUUCCCAACAAUGGCCAGCUAAGGAUGGUGAUGGCCGACCCCCUCGCCGCCUGCAAGAGCCUCCACCGCUUGCGCCAAAAGGCCCGGGGUGGUGUGGUGAUGGUUGAGGUUCAACAAGUCAUGCGGGCGGGAGCCGUGGCCAUGAUCAUCCUUCGAUCAGACUUUAACGAUGAGUCUCCCGCCCCCGACCCCAUCAGUCCCAACCUGGAACUCUUCAACACGUCGGCUGUGUCCUGGCUUGGCCCGGAAUGGGGGGAAUUCCUCAAGUCGUUGUCCAGGAACACUUCCUUGUUAGGACUAUUCAUCUCCAAGUCCGAGGCACGCGGGCGCAUCAAGCCCGACAUCACGGCACCCGGAUUGGCCAUCAUGACCGCCAGCAAGCUCCCCUCAGCCGCUACAGCCAGCACUCCGGACGUCGUGUCCGCCAGUUGCCCCACCGCGCAACGGAACGGCACGUCGUACUCGACACCGCUGAUUGCCGGUAACGUGGCCAUCAUGCGGCAGUACCUCAGGAGCGGCUACUACCCCACCGGUGCGGCGGGGGACCCGACGAGCGCGCCCUUCUCACCAUCUGGAAUACUGCUCAAGGUGGCGCUCAUCGUUGCCGGCGCAGUGUCGCUCGAGGGCGGUGUGGCGAUGCUCAAGGGAGGUCCCAUGGGUCCCCCCCCCGACGGCUACCAGGGCUGGGGCCGCAUGAGUCUGUCCGGUGCCCUGCCGCUGCGCGGUGUGACCGACCCGCUGUUCCGGCUUCAGCUGGUGGACUGGGGCUCCUUCAGCGCCAUGGGGCAGAGCGCCACUUUGAGUGGACUGACCGCCACCGGAACCGGGCCCAUAACCAUCGUGAUGGUGUUCUACGACUACCCAAGCAGCCGUUGGAGCGGGGACAAGGCCAUCAACAAUUUGGACUUGGUGGUCGAGCUGGACCCCGGCGGCAAGCGUGUGCUGGGCAAUCAGCCAGAGGACGCGACCAAGCCCCGGGCAGACGGGGUCAAUACAGUGGAGCGGGUGCUGCUGGCGGCGCCGGCAGCGGGCACGGCAAUCCGCAUCAUCGUGAAUGCCACGUCACUGAACUCGACUGUUUUUGCUCCCGCUGAAACGCAACGCUGGGCGGUUGCGGUGGUCGGGCACUUUGUGGGGAUGUUGGAUUCGCCGCUCAACCCGGAGUGGGCCAAACGCCACGGGCUUGUGCCGCAGGCACCGGGGGAGCCGCCGCAGGAGCCGGAAAUGUCGCCCCCCUCUCCGCCCGACCCGCCUCCGCCCUUACCGAGGCCACCCAAGAAGCCUGGGAAACGCAACCCACCGCCGCCGCCGCCGCCGCCGCCGUCGGUGCCAGCUUUUGUACCAUGA